AUGGGUGAAAAUAACAAUAGUAUAGAUUAUUUCUUUAGAAAGAUUAUAAAGAAUGCAUUCAUAUUUAAAUAUAUAUGUUUAUUUAAUCAUCAGAGAUGUACUUUAUACACAUGUCGAUAUCUCGCUUCUCAAGAUGCCACUAUAGAUAUCAAUUGGCUUGUUAAGCAAAAGCUAUAUAAUCAUGUGAGGAAGCGUUUGAUUGGUGAUUGCUCUACAGUUGUAUGGUCAUCUCAUUCAUUGACAGAUUUGGCUUCGUCUACUUCAACUCUUGACAUUUUACAAUCGCUUCUGGAUAAAGAUCAUCAAGAUCCUCGCUCGCCAGAAGAUGGCAGAAGUAAUCUGCAUUUUUCGAGAUCUACACUGUUUGCUUUGGUUUCAUUGAAGGAUUCACCAUUAUCCUUGAUCGAAUCGGUAGUUCAACGUUAUCCACUGAUUGUCACUUCACAACUUCACCAGGUGGCUGCUACUCAUGGCCGAUUGGAUGUUAUCGAACGAUUCUACAGUUUGAUACAACCGAAUAGUCUGACUGUUUUCGAAGCUGCGAAGUCUGGGAGUUUACCAAUCGUUAAAUAUCUUCAUGGUCGUGGAUCACACUUUUCAAUUGUGGCGGUAGAUGGUGCCGCCGGUGCCGGCCAUCUCGAUAUAGUGAAAUUCUUGCUUGAAAACAGGACAGAGAGUUGCACGGUUCGUGCGAUUGACGAUAGUGCAACCAAUGGGCAUUUGGAAGUCGUUAGAUAUCUAAUACAGCAAGCAGUACAAUUCAAUGGUAGUAGAUUCAAGGGUGACCCGAUAAAGUGUACAUUCAACGCGGUGAUAGGAGCUACCGCACUGGGAAACAUUCAAAUCGUAAAGCUGCUGCUACAGCACGAGAAAGAGAUAUGUGCAAACUAUGAUAAUAGCUUUGCUAAUAUUGCACAGAACGUAGCAAUGUCACACGCACACAUUGAGAUACUGGAGUUUCUCAAGCCAAAGACCUACAGCACGACGCUAUCGACAUGGUCCAACUUGAAUGAAGCGUCGGGACUUAAACUACUAAAGUAUCUGGAGCCAAAGAGACAUGCCGAUAUGGUUUAUAACGCUGCAUUGUCGGGACACUUAGAAAUCAUAAAAGAUUAUUCUGGUCACCUUACACAUCUUCAGUUGAUAGUAUCGGAGCGUUUCACAAAGUUGAUGAAUGGUCCCCCACUUCUCGAUAACUUUAUCGAUCUAAUACUUCAACAAUCUGCUGAUAAAGGUAAUAUCGAUGCAAUCAUCUAUUUGUUUGACAAAUACAAUCUAAAGUUUGACAAUAUAAAGAUGCUUCCUUGCUUGUUUCGUUCGGUCAGUCUUGGUGAUACAAGAAUAGUCGACUAUCUCUUUAGCAAGUUAGAAUCACCAAUCAACUACAAUCUGUACAAUCAAACUAAAAAAGUUUGUACAUGA